AUUCCCGUUGGAUGGCGUAUCGACCAAACUGUUCCCCCUCCCAAAGACACGGACACCUUUCUUCGUUCAUCUGGAGUCUUGAGCGCGGAAGAGCUUGCUUGUACGGAAGUUGAAGACAUCCAAGUCUUACUUGAGCAGAUUGCGACUCGAAAUUUGAGCGCAGUCCAAGUCCUCAAAGCGUUCGCGAAGCGAGCAGCCAUAGCCCAGCAGCUAAUGAAAUGCUGCACAGAGCUCAUAUUUGAAGAGGCUCUCAAACGAGCCAAGGCUCUAGAUGUCCAUCUAGAGCGGACAGGCUCCGUAGUUGGCCCAUUGCAUGGACUCCCGGUAUCACUCAAGAACAUAUUCGACGUCAAAGGGUUUGACUCUACCAUCGGCUGGGUUAACCUCAUUGGGAAGCCGGCGAAAGAAAAUAGCCUAUCGGACUCCUACAAUCACGUUUUCAAACAAUCUUUGAACUCACUCAACCGCGAACUGAUAUCUAGUGGCAGCUCAGGUGGCGAAGCGGCACUCGUAGGCUGUCACGGUAGUUUGGUCGGGAUCGGAACAGACACCGGCGGUUCCAUAAGUAUCCCAGCAGCUCUGCAGGGGUUUUACGGGCUCAAACCGACUGUUGGACGACUAGCAUUCGAGGAAUCGAGCAAAUGGGAAUUUAUCGCACCGCCAGUGGCUGGUCCUCUAGCAUUCAGCCUCUCGACAAUCGAAACCUUUAUGGAUGGCAUCUUGUCUUAUGAGCCGUGGCGAAGUGAUCCGACGUUGCUGCCUAUCCCGUGGCGCAAGGAGCUCGUGGCCAAGCCCGACAAGCCUCUCAAGAUCGGAUCUUACAUCAAUGACAACGUCGUCCGUGUACAGCCGCCUAUUGAACUUGCGGUACGGGCUAUCGUUGAUAGCCUCACAGCUGCAUGGCACACUUUGAUCGAAUGGGACCCCGCCUCGCAUGCUGAAGCUUACAAUGAUUGGACAACCGUCACAUUCGCUGAUGGCGGUGAGUCUCACCGGGUGCUGAGUGAGGCCAGCGGAGAGCCGUUAGUCAAAGGGCUUCUCGUUGGAACUGAAGAAGACAAACUCUCAGUUGCGAAGUCUCGCCAUCUGGCUGCCAAAAAGCUCAAGUAUGAGCAAGGAUACCUCAAGCGCUGGAACGAGGCAGGUGUUGACGCCCUCAUCACGCCGGUGGCACCCUGGGUCGGGAUGAGACCCAGAGUGUGGGCCAAGUCAAAGCCUCACGUCGGAUACACCUCGCACUGGAAUUGGCUUGAUUAUGCAGCCUUGACGAUCCCCGUAAUGCGAGCUGAAAGCGAUGGUGCCUCGAGCCAGCAGUGGACUGAUCAUGUCCCAUGUAACAAGAGCGAUGAGAUAAACUACCAGCUGUAUGAUCUUGAGCAGAUUCGCGGCAUGCCGGUUGGUGUGCAGAUUAUUGGAGGAAAGUAUGGUGAGGAAAACUGUGUCUCAGUUGCAAGAGUCGUGAAGGAUGCUUUGGAGGUCGAAACCUUGAAAAGCACAAAGCACAAUAUCGUAAUAUGA